AUGGCGCUCAUACUAAUCUUGUGCCUGGCCGGCCUGGCUUGCCUAUUGAUCUACAGACUGUAUCUCCACCCGCUAUCUCGCGUCCCCGGCCCAAAGAUAGCAGCCUGUACCUCGCUCUGGCUCGCAUACCACACCUACAUUGGUGAUGAAUGCACCGUUGUAUUCAACCUGCAUCGUAAAUACGGCCCUGUGCUACGCGUAGCACCCAACGAUGUCGACAUCGCCAGCGCUGACGCUAUCGAUCCGAUCUAUAUCGCGCGCGGGGGUUUCCCGAAAUCCCCCGCUUACUCAAAAUUCAAUAUCGAUGGCCAUAACACGAUUUUCUCAACUCUGACACUGCCAGAGCGCGCGGCCAGAGCGAAGGCGGUCGCGCCUCUUUUUUCCACGGCUUCGUUGCGACAGUCGGAGCAAGUAUUUUCGCAGGUCUUUGACGAUUUUGUCGCUCGGUUGCGACGGGAAGCGGACAAGGGUACCCCAGUUAAUGUUUUGAAUGUGUCGCGGUGCAUGGCUAUUGAUGCUGUGAGUGGGUAUUUAUUCCAGAAUAGAUAUGGCGCGCUCCGCGAGGACGCGGGGUUGAUGUCGGCAUCGCCUUUUGUCGAUGCGUAUGUUGGAGUCGGAGCGUUCUUCAACGUGGCUCCUGGAAUAUUGGGAGAUUUUGUGGUCGCAGCUGUGGAGCAAGUCCUAUCUACUGAGGCCACAGCAAAAGCCUUUGAAUUGAUGAACAGUUUCACGAAUCAGCUCGUGAAAGCGGCGACAGCCAAAAGCGGAAGCUAUCAGAGUCGUCUACUGGAAAAACAAUCGCCCUUGCAGUCUCAGAUCGAAGUCAAAGAUGUCUGCUUUGCUGGAACAGACUCUACGAGCAUGAACACUGCGACAAUACUGUGGUAUUUGGCCAAAUAUCCCGAUAUAUACAAUCGUCUCAGAGAAGAAAUCAGACAAACCGUCGAGAAUGGAGAAGAUCCAGCAACGUGUGAUUAUCUUCGAGGAACUAUAAAAGAAGGCCUACGGUUGUCAUGGGCCAACCCAAUCCGGUUCCCACGCGCAGUACCCGACAAUGGAUGGAACUAUCACAAAUUUCAUUUCCCUGCAGGCACAAAUGUCGGUGUUGCCUCAUUCCAGCUCCAUCAAGACGAGACUGUUUUCAUAAACCCGUCGCGAUUCCUGCCGGAACGCUGGCUCCAGCCGACUGAUGAGAUGCUAACUCAUUUCUUCGCUUUCGGAAAGGGAACUAGAGCUUGUAUCGCGCAGAAUCUGGGCACUAUGGAGCUGACCGGGGCGAUCUUGAGGGUCGUAGAGGCUGAUUUGCUUUGUGGAGCGAGCGUGGUUGGUGAUGGUCCGAUUCGCAUUAAGGAAUGGUUCAACUCUCGUGUUGAAGGCGAGGAGAUCCUUAUCAAUUUGAGAUCAGAUAGGACUAGAGAAUAA